CCACUACUCUAAUCCAACUCGAACAAUGGUGAAACUGAAAAAUAAGCUCCUUCUUCUUCUACUUAUCUCUAUCCUUUUCACAUCGACCCUCACCGCCUCCGCCGUUGCAUCUACAACCACCACCACCGUGUUCCACGUCACUGAAUCCAUCCAAAAAACCUUGAAUGCAGUUUCCCACACACCCAAACACCCCUCACAAAUCCUAACUCAAUCAACAUCACUUGUUAAAUCCUCUUCUUCCUUUUCCUCCUCAACUCUCUCUUUACAGCUCCACACUCGCUCCUCCAUCCAUAAACCCUCAUCACACAAAAACUACAACUCACUCGUUCUAUCUCGACUCGCUCGUGACUCUUCCCGAGUCAACUCACUUCAAACUCGUCUCCAUCUAGCCGUUAACAAUAUCUCAAAACCAAAUCUCAAACCAUUAUUCAGUGAGUAUAAAUCAACAAGUGAUAGAGAUUUACAAGUACCUGUUGUUUCCGGAACGAGCCAAGGAAGCGGCGAGUAUUUCUCCCGAGUUGGAAUCGGCCAUCCACCGAGUCAAGUUUAUAUGGUUAUAGACACAGGUAGUGACGUCAGCUGGCUACAAUGUGCACCCUGCGCUGAUUGUUAUCAACAAACUGAUCCUAUUUAUGAACCUCAAUCAUCAUCUACAUAUUCUCCCAUCACGUGCGAGGCACGUGACUGCAAAUCCCUAGAAGUUUCCGAAUGCAGAAACGACACGUGUCUGUAUCAGGUAUCCUACGGUGACGGAUCUUAUACCGUUGGAGAUUUUGCAACGGAGACGGUGACGUUAACGGAUUCCGUUAAGGUUAACGAUAUAGCUAUAGGAUGUGGACAUAAUAACGAAGGGUUGUUCGUCGGGGCUGCCGGAUUAAUCGGACUCGGCGGCGGCAAGUUGUCGUUUCCGUCGCAGAUAAACGCCACGUCAUACUCUUACUGUCUCGUAGACCGUGACUCCGACGCCACGUCAUCACUAGAUUUCAACUCACCGAUUCCUAAAGGUGCCGUUACAGCUCCGUUACUUAAAAGUGACAAAAUCGAUACGUUUUAUUACGUUAACUUAACCGGAAUCAGCGUAGGCGGUGAUAUGGUUAACAUUCCAGAGAAGACGUUUUUGUUAAGUAGCGACGGAGACGGCGGAGUGAUAGUGGAUUCGGGAACGGCGGUGACGAGAUUUGAAACGACGGCGUAUAAUGCGUUACGAGAUGCAUUUGUUAGUAAGACAAAGAAGCUGAAGUUUGUUAACAGUGUGGCAUUGUUUGAUACUUGUUACGAUUUUUCGAAAAUGAAGAGUGUACAGGUGCCAACGGUGUCGUUUCAUUUUUCUAAUGGACAGAAAUUGGGAUUACCGGCUAAGAAUUACUUGAUACCGAUUGAUUCGAAUGGGACAUUUUGCUUUGCUUUCGCUGCUACGACGUCUUCGCUGUCGAUAAUCGGUAAUGUGCAGCAACAAGGGAUUCGUGUUACUUACGAUUUUCAACGAUCAAUUGUUGGCUUCACGUCUAAUGAAUGUUGAUUAUAUCAAAUCGGCUUUUUAAGUUUUUUUUUAUUAAAAAAAAAAUUUAUCCCGAUGAUUAUUGUUUAUUAUGACUUGUGAGUAUCAACACGUCUAGUCGAUAUUGCCUGCUUUGGUGCACAUUUUGUUUUUGGACUCGGCUCUUUAUUGAUUUGAAGAAGGUUUUAACGAAUUUUUUUUUGAUA